AUGGAGAGUGGCAGAUGCGCUACCGUCAUCACAAUAGCAUCGAUCGUGCACAGCAAGAUUUUAGAUAUGAACCCAACUCUAGUAAGAAGUUUCUCAAGAUCUGCCACUAAAAUGGCUGCCAUGAAUGAAAGCGCUACCCGUUCAGCUGCUACCAACUGGGCCAUAAAUCUACUAGGUGUCUCAGCAGUGCUGGGCGCCGGUACGGCUAUGGUGGCAUGGAAAAACAACGAGAAUAACAGUCGCAUUCGCAAUAUUUUCAAGAAUGAAAGAGCAUUGACUAGGGCUUCACACAAUUAA